GAACAGAUUUGUUGCAUCUCUUCUAGAAGAUGUUCCCUCGCUCUUUUCUGACUCUGACCGUGUUGCUGAUUCUCACUGUGCAGAUUCUGAGCACUGGAGACUGCUGGACACAGAAGCGGCGUCAUAAAAGGGAAUGGGUCGUUCCUGCCAAAAGGUUUACCGAAAAUGUAGACUACAGUCAUUUGUCCUAUAUCAGCAAGAUUCGAUCAGACAAUGAUAAAAACUUGAUGCUGCGCUACACCCUAAAGGGACCAGGAGCCAACCAGCCACCUGUUGGUUACUUCAUAGUACACCCCUACACAGGAUUUGUUCGCCUUACACGGCCUCUGGAUCGUGAGGAAAGACAAAACUACACCCUUAUUGGCACUGCAUGGUAUACUGACAACACCAUAGCUGAAGAUAAUAUUAAAAUAACUAUUAUUGUGGAGGACCAGAAUGAUAACCCACCAGUCUUCAUCAAGCCAGAGCGAAGCAGCGUUUAUGAGGGGAGCCCAGUUGGUACCUUUGUAACACAAGUUCUGGCCAAAGAUGCAGAUGACCCCAGCACUCUUCACACUAAGAUAGCAUACACCUUGAUCAAGCAAGAGCCAAACAAUGGCAUGCUUUUCUUUGCUGUUAAUAAAGACAAUGGAACAAUCUCUGUGAAGAACCCAACCCUUGACAGAGAGGAACACAGAUCUUUUGUUCUUACUGUGCAAGCUGCUGACAUGUACGGAAGUCCUGAGGGAAAUUCUGCAACAGCUACUGUAUUUAUAGACAUCAUGGAUGUCAAUGACAAUAUUCCUACUUUGGAGAAGGAUGAGUUUUCAGCAAGUAUCGAUGAGAAUGAGGCACCUGUUGAGGUUUUGAGGAUCCAGGCGCUGGAUAACGAUGAAGAAAGGACAGACAAUUGGUUGGCCGAGUUUGAAAUAGUCUCUGGGAACGAGGAUGGACGUUUCUCUAUUGAAACUGAUCCGAAGACAAACGUGGGUGUUUUGUACCUCAACAAGCCUGUUGACUUUGAGUCAGCAUCUGAUAUGAACCUGAACCUAGUUGUUUCAAACAAAGCUCUUCCAGGAGCACCUCUAGGGAGUGGAGCAGGAGCAGCAGGUGCAGGUGGUGGAGCUGGAGAUUCUGGUGAGGGUGGUGAAGUUGUGUUUUUUGGAGGAAGCUCCAGUGUGUCCAAACAAAAGACAUAUUUAGUGAAGAUCGGUGUCAAAAACAAACCAGAAGGCCCAAAGUUUAAACCAAAGGUCAAGCCUGUAUUUGUAUCUGAAAAAAACAACAAUUCUUUUCCAAGAGUAAUUGACACCUACACUGCUAUAGAAGAAGACACAGGCAAAACAGCAGAAAAAGUGAAAUAUGCAAAGGGAUAUGACCCUGACAACUGGAUUUCUAUUGACAUGGAAACAGCUGAGAUAAAACUGAACAAGGUACCAGAUCAUGAGUCUCCAUUUGUGGUAAAUGGGACCUACUAUGCUAAGAUCCUCUGCAUUUCAGAUGAACUACCCCCUCAGACAUCUACAGGGACUAUAGCUUUGCAGGUGGAGGACCUGAAUGAUAACUGCCCCAGACUCCUUAAUAAUGUGCAGACUGUCUGCAGUGAUACCAAAGUAGUCAAUGUGACAGCAGAAGAUGAUGAUUCAGAUCCCAACGGAGCUCCACUAGAGUUCAGUUUGAUACCAGAGAAGACAAAGGGCAAAUGGAACCUGCAGAGAAUAAAUGAUAUAAGUGCCUCGCUGUUUGCUGAAGAUGAUUUAUGGCCUGGUUUUUAUGAAGUCACCAUGGAAAUCAGAGACAAGCAAGGACUGGCAUGCCCUGAAAAGCAAGUCCUCCGUUUUGAGGUUUGCACUUGCUCUGAAGGAGCGUUUUGUGCUUCAAAAGUGGCUGCACUACGAACUACAUCAGCCAGUUUUGGAACAGCAGGAAUUGGUUUACUGAUUCUAGGAUUCCUCUGCCUAUUCUUGCUGCUCGUGGCCACAACAAAAUGUGAAUGUGGAAAACAUUUUAUUGAUAUGCCAUUUGAAACCAAGCAACACCUUAGCUCCUAUCACACAGAGGGAAUAGGAGUAGAUAGGGAUGUUCUUCUGAUGGCCAUCCCAUCAAAAUCCUAUAAGGAAGGGGGUAGUAAAAUAAAAACAUCCAAAGAACCUAUAAGUAAAGUGAAAGCUAACUCUAAUAUCCCAGUGGGUAAAAUUCAGGUCUCCGGGUCAAAUCAGGCUGUAUACAACAGUAACAGUCCUAAAAUGACAGGAAUUGUGCAGAAGUCUGCAUUUGGAGGCUUUUCCUAUGACAUGAACAUGGAAAGCCAAGUCAGGCAGCAAGAAGAACAGAUUUUGCUUGAUGCAUUCCUAAGCAAAUACAUCGCACAAAAAACCAUGCAUAUAUUGGAGAAAAGUUCUCCAAAGCAAAGACCGACACACUAUGAUUAUGAGGGUGAAGGAUCUGUUACCAGUUCCAUUAGCAGCAGCUUCAUUGAGUCUAAUGAUGAUCUGGAGUUCUUGGACACCCUGGAAUCAAAGUUCAAUAUUUUGGCUAAGGACAACACAAAACGCAACUGCAUCUUCCAGUCACGUGACCAACAUCGUCCAGCCCAGUCCAGUGGAGACACCUGUUCAAUCACCACUUGUCCAACCUGCACCUAA